AUGGUUGAAAGUUUAGGUGUAAACGUGUAUUAUCUUGAAAGUUUCGAGUUUUUGCUGAGUGUGCAGCUUCCCCGUGUCCAGCUCAGAACGAAAAAGGUCCACAAAGGUCGUGCCUUUUUCCUCACUUCUCCACUGAUUCCAUACUUCCGCAACCCGACGGCGCUCGAUCUUCUUCCCCCUUCCUCUCUCCGAACUCCAACCAGCCCCUCCGCGAAGCCACGAGGAAGGAGGGGCCGCCCAUCAUCGAUUGUGCACCUUAGCCGCUUUGACUUGACCCCAAUGGUUGCUGAGAAAGAUGCUGCAGUUACCCGACCGGGGAAAAGUGAGGCUCUUGCUCCACGCCUUAGGAACAAGAAAAGGACAAGCAAGAAGACGACGGAGGUUCCCAAUAUCACCGCUCAAGAAUUGGAUCUUGAUGAAAGAUUGGACCGGCUGGAAUCAGGUGUACGCGAAUUGCGCAGGGUCCUGUUAACGAUGUUAGACGAAGUAAGAAGCUUGAAAGCAGAAAUAUUACAAUUGAGAACCGGAAGGGAAGUCCCAGGAGCUAUCCUAGCACCAGAGCCAAGCCUAAGUGAAUCUGCAUCAUCUUGCAUAACCGCAGAUCUUAGCACCAGAAGCUGUGCAGAUUCGACCUGCCUCUAGUGAUCUUGUGAAUGCAAAAUGGAAUUCCUUGUGCUAAGCUGUGUUUGAUUGAGGGCUCCUUUUCAUGUUACAGCAUGCUUUGUGAUCUCUCGUUAGUCGAAUAGAAAACAGGGGAAGCAAUAACUUGUUGACCUUUUUAGUCAACUGAUGUGCAGAUGAAACUCAUUUUUUUGGUCUUUGGCACAAUGGACGUGUGCCGUGAAUAUUAAAAUUGACUUCAGACA